CGGGUUGCCCCGAUCCGGAAAAAGGAAAGAUCCGUAUCAAAUAACCCCCAAAAUUCACGCGCCUCCGUUGAAUUUCACGAUUUCACUCCGCGGAUGCUACCAACCUGCAACGGCGCCUCCACCGGCCACAUGUCGGACAGUGGACGUGGAAUUGCGUGAACGCAGCCCUCUCAUUGGCUACAAACGUUGUACCCCUGACACUCUGUCCACACAAACAGUCGCCAUUCUGAACACCCUGCUGCUCUACACUUGCCCUCCGAACACACACAAACACGCACUGGUAUAUAUACCCGAGGAAAAAAUGGCACCUUCCUCCUGCACUAGGGUUUGUAGACUGUCGCCGCUAGGGUUUCAGUGUACUAGGAUUGUCGGCGCAAGGUUUCAGAAAAAAUGGUGUCAGUCAGAGCCAAGAGAGCUAAAAUGGCUGCGGAGGCGGCGGCGGCGGCGGCGGAAGCUGAACAACAAAAGGCUGUUGCCAUGGCGAAGGUCCGGGAACUCCAAGAUGAGCUUCAAAAGGUGACCGAUAAACUUGUAAAGAAGACAGAAGAACUGGAGCGUAAAUAUGACCGGAAAAAAGUACCCAUCUAUGAUAGAAGAAGUCUCGUCAUCAAUUCGAUCCCAGAAUUUUGGUUGACCGCUUUCUUGAAGCAUCCUACACUCGGAACGCUGCUCACUCAGGAAGACCAGCAGAUAUUUCGGUACUUGGAUAGUCUUUAUGUGGAGGACCUUCAAUACCCGCAAAAAGGGUAUUGCAUUACGUUCAAUUUCAAGAUCAACCCGUAUUUUGAAAAUGAAACAUUAAGCAAGACCGUCGACUACACUGACGAAGGUCUGGAGACAACAUGUACGACUAUAAGAUGGAAGGAGGGCAAGGCUCCUCCUGCUAUCUCUGCUGUCCCGGUGGAAGAAAGAGACAAGCGUCUGUUACCAUUUAUCACGAGCUUUUUUAAAUGGUUUGGGUAUGCAGCGGAGGACACAAUGGGGUCUGAUCAGGAUUUGGUCGGUGAUAUGAUCAAGGGGGAAUUAUGGGUUAAUCCUCUUAACCAUGAAGGUGAAGAUGGAGAGUGGGAUGACGAAGAUGAUGACUGAGUUUCUUUCGAUACUUUUUAGAAUUAUGUUUUUAAAGAGAACAAAGAGUAACUUUUUGACUUCUUAAACCUAUUUCGUUUGAAUCUUUCUGUUUUACUGUCAGGUAUUGACAUUGUUUUAUAUUUCAUGUUUUAUC